GUGGUUACGCGCAGUACGUCCACGACUGGACGUGCUCGCUCCCGUGCAGCGUGUUGGUGAGGGGAAGGAGCGCUGCCGGGUUGUCCGUUGUAUCAAGCCGUGGAAGGAACGAGGAUGGGAACCGGUCGGACGGAGAGGCAGGAUGUGAAAGCUUCCUGAGCUGCUGAUGAUUACGGACUUCUUCCCCUUCUGCUAGAAUGUUCUUAGUGAAUUCCCCUCCAGUGGUAGCUUUUCCGACACAAUGGAUGCCAUUUGGACCCAAAACUACCCAUAAAGUGCCCCUGUCUGUAGUUCACUCUGAACAGAUCCACAAAGCGCCAAACCUUCUGGGCAUUCUAGACAGUCAGCAGAGUAAUGAAUCUUCUUGUGCAGUGAAAGUUGAAUAUGAGCGUAUUAUGCAGAAGAACAGAAAGGGGGAAUUGAGUAAUGACCGGGGACUAAAAGCCAGUGCCACACUGUUUAAGGGGCACACAAGGGAACAGGCUUCUUCCACACUUCCCACAAAGUUCAAAGUCCAAGAAGAGGAAAGUUCCCCAGCACUGGAUUCAGACAGCGAUGAUUCUGUUGACAGAGGCAUUGAAGAAGCUAUUCAGGAAUAUCUAAAAAACAGAAGCACUGCAGAUACUUCAUCUACCACUGCUGCCACAAAGAACCCAAGCUCCAGUGAUCAUUCUGACCAGCUAAAAACAGCCUGCAGUAAUGCACCUGCACGCAAAUCGCCUGUUAAAAUGGUCACUUCAUCUACCACCUGCAAUGCUUUUUCCACUCUGGACUGUUCCCGUUGCUCUUCUCCAGAAAGUGUGGGCAGUGACGAUUCCUUUGAGCAAAGCAUCAAGGAUGAAAUUGAACAGUUUCUGAAUCAGAAGAAGCUGCAAAAUACUCUGAGUGACACUAGCAUUGCCAAGAAGCCUGCCCAGAGCAACAUAACUGCUAAACCAAAGCAAAAGCCAUUUAAGGCUGCUGAGAAGCAAGGUCCCAAGCAAGGGAUCAAGGGGCUUCCUGACAAGUUGCCUUCUGAAAGUCUGCAGCCUAAAAGUCCCAAGCAGAAGGGUGACCAUUUUAAAACCAGUAUAUAUCCUAAAGCUUUGUCUAGCUCGGUUAAGCCAAGGGACCAGAAGAAUGAAGCUGCCUCAAGGCAAUGUGAAGAGUUAUCGGACUCCAGCAGUGAUGACGGUAUAGAGGAAGCAAUUCAACUCUACCAGUUAGAAAAGAGCAGGCUAGAAGGAAAUCCUGUUGUGGUUCAAAAGUGCUCUUUAGAGAAGGUGGCAAAUAGCACUACUACAUAUCCUGGAACUUUAUCUCCCUGCCAUACAAACACAGACUACAAAAAAAGAAAACUUCCUUCCAGCAGUCAUGCAGCAUCUCAAGACACUGCAACCAAUCAUCCCCCCACUACUAAAAAGACAUUUUAUUUUGGAGAUGAUGCUAACGCAAAAUGUGAAAUUGCGACACGCAGAGCUGAAACAGCGGCCGAACUAAUGUGUGCUGAAGCAAUACUUGACAUUUCUAAAGCAAUUUUACCUUCUCAACCAGAAACUGCUUGUGUAAUUUCACAAGAAAGGCCACCUACACAACCAAAAUCCCCUUGUGUUAGUGACAGCUCAGUUGACAGCGAUGACGGAAUUGAGCAGGAGAUACAAACAUUUCUUGCCCGUAAAGCGCAAGAAGAAAGCCUUGCCAUGUCUCCUAUCAAACAGUCCUCUCCAAAUCCGCAAAGACUUGAUCAACGUAAGCAACACUCCCUUUCCAAUAAUAAAACCUUGUCCCAGAAGGGAAAAGUAAUGGAGAGCAAAGCUGUGCAGAAGGACAUGGUUGGAAGGGGUGAAAAGAGGAAUACAGAUGUUAUCGGUAUUGCAAGUACAGUGUCUCUUUCUCCAGAAAUCUUGCAGACCAGAAACACAGAUGUUGGCAUGAAGGAGCACUCCAAGGCAUCUUACAAAUCAGAAGAAGUGAAGCAGAUUGUUCAGGAGACAGCAGAAAGUCUUGUGUCACUCCCUCGAAUAACUGGAGGAAAAAGGAAGACAUACACCAAAAUAAGGAAUAACUGUAGCGUUGAUACAAGCAGUUCUUUGGACAGUGAUGAGGAUUUGGAUUCUGCUAUAAAGGAUCUCCUCAGAUCCAAGAGAAAAUGCAAAAAAAGACCAAAGGAUGGAAGACCACAGUAUAAGAAAAGGGUCAGGUUUGGGGAAACCACUACCAGGACCCUAGAAUCACUUGGCAGUGGAGGGGAUUUAAUGGAUUGCUUGCUCAAACCUGCUGUUAAAAGCUGCCUUGUAUAUUCCAGCAACUCCCAAGAAAAUACUUUAAAGCCUAAUUUCAACGUGACCGAGGAUAAGAGGAGUGUGGCAAGCAAUUCGGACAUAUCCCCAAAUAAACCUGAGUGCAAACCAGCCAGUGCCUCAGACAAGCCUUUGGGUUUGAGUAGUGCCUUGCCUGAAACACAAGACAGUAGUUCUGUGGACAGUGAUGAUAGCAUUGAGCAAGAGAUAAGGAAAUUUUUGGCGGAGCGUGCACGGGAGUCUGCAGAACUUUGCGCAGUGCAAAAGGCCCCUCAAUCUGUCACAAGCUUAAGUGUUUUCACACAGACUCCAGCCAGUCUGAGCAAUCCCACUCCAAUAAAACAAGAACCCAGGGUUUUGUCCAUUUCAGAGACUGAGACUAUCCUUCAAAAAGUAAUGGAAAAGGACCGCUCAACUGCACCUGUUCCCCAGCCAACGUUAAUACAGCGAGUGCCGGACUAUAAAGAUGUUGUCCCACAGGUCAGAUUGAUUCAGCGACCGCCUGCGGAAGUGCCCAAAAUAUCUGCUCCUGUACAUAGUGUCAUUGUAAAGAGGGAAUGUUUUAUAGACAAAAACAGAGUGGUUAGACCAGCUGAGAAGGUCCUCCAAACAGCUCCUGAAAGAGUUAUUGUAAAAACUGGAGUCAACGGAUCACAAGGCAGUUCUCCUGUUUCCGGAAACUUUGUUGCUGGUCUAAAGUACAUUUCGGGGACAGACCAGCAGCUCCUCCUAAACAUGGGAAAAGCCAGCUCUACAAGAAUGGCAACAGAACUUUACAGUCCUGGGGGAAAUAUCACUAGAUUGGGAACUUGUCAGCCAGUCCAGAAAAAAACACUGAUUUUGGAACAGCCUAAAAUUGUCCAAGCUCCUGCUUUCUCUCUCAAUACCCCUGUGGUUCGUCCUGCAUUGUAUGUUGUGACUACGAAGGUGGUCAAGGAUACACCUACUGCACUAUGUCUGCCGAUAAAUACAGCUGCCUAUGAUGCUGGACUUAAUUUAAUGAGUAUACAGUACUGUCAAGGUCAGGUAGCUGCUCAUACCCCUGUGCGUACCACACCUUUCCCUUUUCAGCAAAAUAGAGGCAGUGAGAUUGUGGUGAAUAUUCCAGGCACACCAGGAGAGGCACUGCCUCUCGGUACCAAAGCGAAAGAGAGUCAGUCAGUGACAAGAAUAGCCAGCAGAUCUUAUCUUAAAGAAAAAUCGGCAGAGGCUAUAGGGACAGGCUCUGAUGUCAGUUUGAACAGCAGUGGAAGCUCAGCUAAGAAAGAGAACAUUUGCAGGUCACCCAUUGAUCCAGGUUGGAAACUGGAACCUUAUAUUAUGCUGUCCCCUGAGGAAAUUUGUAGAAAUGCCGGCAGAACAUUUUGUAAGAGGAUGUCUCAGGAUAAGAAAGCAGAUGCUAUACACAAGAAGACCGCCGAGCUGCUGGUGAAGAAACUGCGAUUCUAAAUUAUGCUGUAGGGGCAGAAGCUUCCUUCAGGCAGGAGAAUCCGUUUACAUCGCAGCUGCAUCCAAAUGACUCUCUUUCCACUCGUUCCUUAAAGGCACUGACUAUGAAAAUCCGAUG